CCGCUUUUGUGGCCCUACGAGCGAGCUUGGAUUUCGAACGAAGAUCGAUUAUCCUGCGAAAUACAGGAUGAAAACCCGACGCUGUGCCUAUGCGAUUGACCCUUCGUACUACCAUUAACACGGUCCCACGGGUUUCGCCGCUGAUGACAGGGACUCUCCGCAUGAUCUCCUGGGAUGAGUCCGCCGAUGAAAAGUCAUCGAUGAAUGAUGCGGGCAGCAGUGAUGAGGAUGAUCCGGAGAUCUUGAAAUUAGCACGACAGCGCCAACAGUAUUUGGAUCCCCGGACGGCUCGCGAUCCUACCUUCUUCAGGCACCCUACGGCGGAGCAGUUUGCUGCUAUUCGAGAAGAGGAGGAGGAGGAAGAGAGCAGCGAGAGUGACGAAGGAGAAGACGCGCAGGAAGAAAGAGGGGAUAGCGACGAAGUGCUCGGUAAAGAGGACGUAACCCCCGAACAAGGGAGCUAUAGCGAGGGGGAACAGAGUGAAGAAGAAGAAGACGAGGAAGAAGAAGAGGAGCAUGAAGACGAGUCUGCUGGAUCGGAGUGGGAAGCCGUGCCGGAAGAAGCACUGCGUACGGGCACAGAGGCUGAAGAUCCCGAGGCGGCCCGCAAAAGAGAAGAGAUCGCGGCCGGGAAGGAGUUAGAACUCGCAAGCGCAGCGAGUCUGCAGAUCCACGACGACCCGAACGGAGAUCUGGAACCGCCCUGACCUGAAGAUGGCGACCUCGCGGCCGCGACUCUG